GCCAUCUCAAGUAGGUAGUAGGUACAUAUCGAAGUAAGCCCUCCAUGGGAUUUUUUUUUGCACCUGGCCGAGCGCCGGAAUAGCUUCAUCGUACUGACCUCAAAUUUGACAGGGUCGAGAAACAGCAAAAAAACGUAUGGAUGGGUGCUGGAUUGAACUACACAGUGGCACCCUCUGUUCUCAUGCGAUCAUGUCUACGCAGAUCUCCUUUUCGCACCUCUUAUAGCAUCGGCUACGGCCCGCGUUCGACAUGGGCUCCCUUUAGCCCCCCACCCCCCCGUCGAGCCGGAGCCACGAUAAUCUCGCAGCGGUAUAACAGCUCGAAAACGGAUGCCGCCGAGCUCGAACGCCGGAUAGCCGCCAUACCCAUCUCGCGCUUUCGGAACUUUUGCAUUGUGGCGCAUAUCGAUCAUGGCAAAUCCACCUUGUCCGACCGGCUCCUCGAGCUCACCGGCACUAUCUCCUCCUCCAGUUCGAACCGCCAGAUUCUCGAUACCCUCGAGGUCGAGCGCGAACGCGGCAUCACGGUUAAGGCGCAGACCUGCACCAUGAUAUACAAGCACAACGGCGUCGACCACCUGCUGCACCUCGUCGAUACUCCUGGGCACGUCGAUUUCCGCGCCGAAGUGACGAGAUCAUACGCGAGCUGCGGGGGGGCAUUGCUGCUAGUGGAUGCGAGCCAAGGCGUGCAAGCCCAGACAGUCGCCAAUUUCUAUCUCGCCUUCGCCGAGGGACUCAAAAUCAUACCCGUCGUCAACAAGAUAGACAUGACUGCCGCCGACGUGCCGAGGGUCCUCGCGCAGCUCGAGUCCACGUUUGAGCUAGAUUCCAGCAAGGCGAUCGGAGUGAGCGCAAAAACCGGCUUAAACGUUGCCAAGAUAUUGCCCGCUGUCGUGGAGAACAUACCAGCGCCAGAAGGCGACGAAUCGAAACCGCUGAGAAUGCUGCUGGUGGAUUCCUGGUACGAUAGUUUCCGGGGCGUUAUCUGCCUAGUCCGGCUUUUCGAUGGCACCGUCAGGGCCGGCGACGAUGUGGUGAGCUUCGCAACCGGCAACCGGUACACGAUCGGCGAAGUCGGGAUCCGAUACCCCACGCAGGUGCCCCAGACGGUGCUGCGCGCCGGCCAGGUUGGCUACGUCUUCUUCAACCCGGGCAUGAAGAAGAUCCAGGACGCCAAGAUCGGAGACACGUUCACGACCGUCGGCUCCGAAGACGUGGUCGAGCCCUACCCGGGCUUUGAGGAACCUAAGCCAAUGGUCUUCGUGGCGGCGUUCCCCACAGAUCCGAGCGACUAUAGUCGCUUGGCGGACAGCAUCGGCCAGCUCGUGCUCAACGACCGUAGUGUCACCCUCUUCAAGGACCACUCGGAGGCUCUCGGUGCUGGUUGGCGGUUGGGCUUCCUCGGCAGUCUCCACUGCUCGGUGUUCCAGGAUCGCCUGCGCCAAGAGCACGGCGCGAGCAUUAUCAUCACGGAACCGGCCGUGCAAACUAAGGUCUUGUGGCCCAACGGAACCGAGAGUGUCCUCCAGAGCCCUUCCGACUUUCCCGACCCCGAAGACGGCCGCUCCCGUGGGGCGACGUUCUACGAGCCGUACGUGCUAGCGACCAUGACGAUCCCGGAGGAGUACCUCGGGCGAGCCAUCGAGCUCUGCGAGGCGAACCGCGGCGAGCAGGAGAGCAUCGAGUUCUUCCACGGCAUGCAGGUGAUCCUCAAGUACCGCAUCCCCACGGCGCAGCUGGUGGACGACUUGUUCGGCAAGCUCAAGGGCGCGACCAAGGGCUACGCGACGCUGGACUACGAGGACGCGGGCUGGCGCGAGAGCAAGCUGGUGAAGCUGCAGCUGCUCGUCAACAAGGAGCCGGUCGACGCGAUCGCGCGCGUGGUGCACAUGUCGCAGGCCGAGCGGCUCGGCCGGCAGUGGGUGACCAAGUUCAAGGAGCACGUGCAGCGGCAGAUGUUCGAGGUGGUGAUCCAGGCGGCGAUCGGGAAGCGGGUCAUCGCGCGGGAGUCGAUCAAGCCCUUCCGCAAGGACGUGCUCGCGAAGCUCCACGCGAGCGACAUCAGCAGGCGCAGGAAGCUUCUCGAGAAGCAGAAGGAGGGCCGCAAGAAGCUGAGGGCGGUGGGCAACGUGGUCAUCGAACAGGAGGCCUUCCAGAAAUUUCUAUCCAAGUAGGACGGAUCCUACGCACGUCGGCAGACCUGCCUAGAUGCCUAUGUAUUGACAUAGCGCACUCGCGCCGAUUUUUUGAUGUAUGGGUGGUGCGGCGACGCCAGACGAAGACGAAGACGAUACCUAGGUAUAUUACACGUCCCUAUUAUGUAAAUACUAGUCUUAUAUGCAUACACAAUAACUCCCCAAUACCACCUACCUCUUUAUCGAGUUGGUGUCAACACCUUAGGUAGGAGGUACCUAAUGAUCUAGGUACAGUCUUCUCGAUGGUGUCCCACUUGCCAUAUCUAGAGAUUCGAUGUAGGG